UGCACGCGUCCCUUCCUCUCUAAAGUAGAACCCCAACUACCUCCUGGUCGCAAAAGUAAUUCCUACCUUUUAAAUUAUUUUUUCCCUUCACCUUCUUCUCUUCACUCAACACAAUCAAUAUCCUUUUCACGCAAUCUGAUAAAUUUUCCGAUUUUUUUCAACUCAAUCAAUCCGUGGCUUGAUUUUUUUCGAGUUUUUAUCUCUUCGCACGAAUCACAUCACUCCUUACUAAUUCACGCUCACCACCAAUCAUUGCGAUGGCACCCACAAGGCCAGCGCGUGCCGCGGCCAAGGAGAAUGGCACGACAACGGAAGCUGCAGCAACUACCGGUGAUGCUCCCGUGAAACGUGGACGCGGUCGUCCUCCCAAGAACGGCAUCGGGCCUCAGGAGAAGCCAGUUCCCACGGGCCGCCCUCGUGGUCGUCCUAAGGGAACUGGUGGCGUGAAGAAGGCCACCAAAGCUGCACCGCCCAAGGCGGCUACCAGAAGUACAACCGGUCGACGAGGUCGUCCUCGCAAAUCUGACGUGCCGGCCGUUACUACUCCCAAGAAAACUGCUGCGACUCCUAAGUCCGCGUCCAAGUCUGCUAGCACCGGAAAGGGACGUGGUAGACCUCGCAAGAACUCGGCUCCUGUCGCCGCAGAAGAGGAGGAAGAGGAGGAAGAGUCUGAGGAGAAGGGUGAAGAAGAAGCCGCCGUUAAUGACGAAGUCGCGAUGGACGAAGCUGCCGACGACGACAAUGCCGCAGAAGACGACGACGUGCCCAAUCCAGAGGAUGAUUAGGAUAACGAAGUGGCCGCCUCAUACGUUGGGGGCCUACUCGCAAGUGCUUUCCGACGGUUUAGUAGUGUGAGAAGCACACCAAAUACUCCUAGACGCUAAGGCUGCCAUGUUUCUUUUCUAUUGCUACGAAGCAAAUUCACAUCGAUCUUCCGCGGGAGCUGUGCGCGGUUGCGGGCACAUUUGUGUCAUAGGAGAGGGAGUCUUUGGUGAUUAGCUGAAUGGGAUGGCGUUAGUUGUGAGCAAUGGGACCGAACACGUAAUUCCGAAACAGCAAUCGCUCACUGGUUCGCAAUGGUUAUUACUAGGACUGAUUUCGGGAUGCUCAUAGGUCUCUUCAUGAUUUCGGAAGAAAAAGAACAGUACGAAAAUAAUUUUGGACCGCC